AUGCAAUCCUAUUCAUUAGAACUUUAUCCGUCAAGUGGACAAAUCCACAUUGCGUUAUAUACUAAUGUGUUAGACAAAUUUCAAUUAUUAGUCGCAGUCAAUAAUGCAGUACAUUCUGAAAAUUAUUCUAAAUUGAAAACUCAUAAUGUACAUUCUGAAAUCGUUUAUAAUCUUUCUCCAACUACUAAUAUUAGCGAAUCAUUGAGAAGGUUUGGUAUUUCAGAUUCUACAAAUGAGAUUAUUGUUGUAAAAGUGGGUGGUAAUGAUGAUGAUGAGAUAAAGUCUCAUUUAAAUACAUUAAUCGAUGGUGAAGAAUCUUCUUUGGAUGAUUUUUCAAAGUUUACGGAUCUUAGUUGUAUAAAAAAGCAAUCAAAAAUGUAA